GCAUUUCAUUCGAACACUUUCAAACAAGCUACCUCUCAAGCCAGUAUAAAUUCCGAAGCAAAGCCAAAAUAUUUUCACAACGCGUCUAAACAAAUCCUAUUUAAAAGUCUCUUUCAACUUUUUUGAAGAAUUUUUUCUAUUGAAAUACAAGUAAUCCGCUUAAGUAUCAGUUUAAUACUAAAAUGUGCGAGCAUUAUUGUGAUGAUUUGGAAACCUUCAAUCCUGAAAUUGAAUACCAGAAGUUUCURAAACGUAAACCCAUCGUGCAAACGGCCAAGUUGUAUGAGCAAUUGCAUACGCGUGAGAAGAUCAAAUGCCCAUACAACUUCAAAGGCUAUGGCGUGGAGACGGAUAAGAACACAAUGUAUCGCACUUGCAAUUCCGAGUAUGGCUACUAUGCACCCAACGCCUACACAAUACCGACGCGCUACUUUCCUCUCUCACAGAAAUUCUCCAAUGAACUUGCUCGUUGCGGCAUGUAUCGUAAUUUCUCUCUCAAUACUUUAAUGGAUCGCGCGUAUUUCUGAGUAACUCUUUGGUUGGCAUCGCAUUAUUGCGGUAUUUAAAUUGGGAAUAUGUACUUCUGUCACUUGUUUGUGUACCAAAUGCUGGAUAAUUAAAUUGAAACGACCAAUAAAUUCAAGAACAGAAUCAAA